AUGAACAACGAAGAAAAGUUUGUAUAUAAUGAUAUUCCAUCUUCAUCAACUUUACAACCAACACGUAAAAAACGUAAACUCAAUGGACAACAACGUGAUGAAGCAACUAUACGUGAAAAACAUCGAAUGCUUAAACUAAAUAAAGCUUAUACUCAACUUCGUCUGGUCUUACCUGUUGAAAAUAGAUGUAAAUUAUCUCGUAUUGAAACUCUUCGUACAGCUGUUAACUAUAUUCAUCUUCUUAAUCAACUACUUGAAGUUAACAACAGCUAG